CACCAUCAAUAUGUAUGUGAUUGCUGUGCCCAUUCACACAUUCAAUCCACUCACGCAUGCGCUUCUGAGUUCUCGCCACUUAGAUCCAGACUGUGAUAGGCUUUUGCCACGCUUUAGCACUUGGGAGCCGCUACAACGAAUCUAUCUGUGUGGCGCUUCCGGUAACUCGUAGGUAGACCAGAGCAUGCAGAACGUUACUGCUGACAUGGGCUGAUGACAGCGAGCGAGCGUCGAUCGCACGAUGUCACAUCACUCGUUUCGCACGGCCGUGUCCGUGGGACGGUUGAGACUGCUGGCGAUAUCGCUCAUAGUCGUCGCCGUGUCGCUGACCUUCCUCCUUCAGAGCGUGUAUGUGGAGAACCUCUUCAUCCCAGACCGAGGUCAGACGAAAGCAGACCAAGCGCCCAUCACUGUGGUCGUCCUCGACAGCAGCCAGGCCUCCGAGGCGCCCUUCCCCUUCCUCUCCGCCUUCUCCUCCUCCUUCCAGAAGCCCACGUGGCGCUCCCGCCCAAUCACCGCGCAGCAGCAGCAGCAGCGGCACUACCACGAGCAGCAGCAGCAGGGGCGGUGGCGAUCCGAGGCCCCGGGCGUCUUUGACAUUGUAGCGCAUGGCGCUGUGGGGGAUGCAGUGACGGACGAUUCAGAUGCGCUGACAGCAGCUAUGCAUGCGGCGUGCGGGCAUGCGGUGGAGCGGGGAGUGGUGGCGACGGUGCUCGUGCCGUGGGGUGGCUGCUACGCCGUGCAGCCCAUCACGAUGCAGGGGCCAUGUGGGCCUGGCAUGAAACUCCAGAUUGACGGUGUUCUGGUUGGCCCCUCGGACCCCGCGGCCUACCCCUUCCCCGACUACACCAGCACCUACUUCCCCUACACCAGCGGCUUUCUCUCCUUCAAAAACUUCUCCGGCCUCGUGAUCUCAGGCGGGGGCAGAAUCGAGGGGCAGGGGUGGGAGUUCUGGAGCGCCUUCAGGAACUACACUCUGCAGAAGACCAUCCCCAUCAGACCGUUUGCGAUCCGGCUGAUGCACUGCAACAACACGAGGGUUGAAGGGAUCUCUAUUUGGAACUCUCCCAUGUACCAUCUCUUCGCGUAUGCAUGCGAUGGGCUGCACGUACGGCGGUACAAGACCAACUCGCCCAGCAGGAGUCCUAACACGGACAGCCUCAAGUUGGUGGGAAUCAAGAACGCUCUCAUCGAAGAUUGCUUUCUGCAUGGAGGUGAUGAUGAUGUGUCGGUUGUGGCAGUAGGAGAGCUGGUGGCGUGCAACAUUACUGUGAGGAAUCUGGAAGCCACAGCAGGUCACGGGAUAAGCAUCGGGAGUGUUGGAUGGGACGGCAAUAUUGGGUGCGUGGCUAAGGUGCGGGUGAUAAACGUGACGCUCAUCAACCUCACCAAUGGCAUCCGCAUCAAGACAUGGCAAGGAGGCCUUGGGGUUGUCAGGGACGUUCUGUAUGAGAACAUUCACAUGAAGAACACCAGCAAGGCCAUCAUGCUGAAUCAGUUCUAUUGUGACAAGCACCAGAACUGGACUUGUGGUGGCCAUGUCAACAAUGUGGCGUUGCACAACAUCUGGUACAGGAACAUAUCAGCAGUCGUCCGUGACAAGUAUGGUAUCUUCAUGCACUGCAGCGAUACUGUGCCCUGCACAGGCAUUCACCUUCAGCAGGUCAACGUCCAGUCGCAGUAUCCCGCCAGGGUGCUUACACCUGUCUUCGAGAAUGUGCUGGUUAGUGCAACUGAUGACGUGUGGCCUGCACCUGUGGGGUCAAGUUUUGAUCAAUGGGGGAUGGCAUUCCCAACAUCAGAACAGGCUGCCUUGAUCCAGAAUGUGUCGUCUUACUGUAACCCAUGCACGUGAUCCUGGCUAGGAAAAGGCUUCGUGUAGCUCUGCUGGAACUUGGAACCAAGAUGUUGUCUUCAGAA